AUGGAGAUUGACUCAAAUAAACGAGCUGAACUUCUUUUAAAAAUUUGGGAACCAGAUCAUACUUUUAAAUUUCCCAUAACUGGGAAACAAAAAUUGAAAUUUCAACUUAACUGGUUAAGAAAAUGGUCUUGGUUAACUUAUUCAAAAUUGCUUGAUGGUGCAUUUUGCAAGUUUUGUGUUCUUUUUAAAAGAAACGAAGGUGGUCGUGGUAAUCAAAAGUUAGGCAAACUCGUUUUAGAAAAAUUUUCUAAUUGGAAAAAAGCAAUUGAGGAAUUUAACAAACAUGAAGGCCUGGCUUUGAGAGGCCAUAAUGAUUCAGGACCCAUAAGUUUACAAAAUUCUCAAAUUUAUAAUGAAAGUAAUUUUAGAGAAUUGUUAAGAUUUAAAAUUGAAGCUGGUGAUAAAAAUUUAGCCAAUCAUUUAGAGACAGCUCCACGUAAUGCGACAUACCUUAGUCCAGAAAUUCAAAAUGAAAUAAUUAAUACAUGUUCUAGUAUGAUCAUCGAACAACUCGUUUCUAGGAUUAAUAGUGCAAAAUGUUUCACAGUUGUUCGGAACACCGAUAACAAAAAUACGAUACGGCCGUUGUUCGUCGACAUCUCGAUAUAA